GAAGCGCUAUAAAAUCCACGCACUGUCAAUUUCAACGCCGUUUCCAAUUAGCUUUGAUCUCCCAUACACAUUCUCUCUCUCUCCCCAUCAGUCUCAGUAUUCGGGUUGAUAGCAAAUCUCUCUCCCUCUCUCUCUCUCUCUCUCUCUCUCAGUAUUCCAGUUGAUAGCAAAGUUAUUAAUGAUACCGCUUCUGUGGAAGACCUCCUUCCUUCCUUAAAAGGAUUUUUGUUUAAUUAUCUACUUUUACGGGGAGACAUGGCAACUCUUCCUCUAUCCCUUGCGAAGAGUCCUUGCUUCUAUAGCUGUAGAGCUGUGGAGUCAUCAAAAUUGACAGUCACCGCGCAUUACAUCUCUGGCAAAAAAUUGGCACUAGGCUUAGGGGGAAUGGAUGUAGAAAAAGGGCUCUUGGUCGGAGAAGUUGCACAAAAUGUCAGAAAAGCUCUGCAUGGGAAUCUUAGUUCAAGAGAAUUUGCUGCAGCAAGGGUCCCAGUUCAGCAAACUGAACAAAUAUUUUCCACAACUUCUGAAGUUGAUGAACUUAAAAAGGUAUCAACUUAUCUGUUUAGGACGCAAAAUGGUGGUAAUGUGAAAGUUUUUGUUAGAAAGAAAAAUGCCAAAUACGCACUUUAUAUUGAGGUUUCAUCCUUGGAACUGGGUACUAGUGACUAUAGGCUGGUGCUUACUUGGGGAAUAUAUAGAUCUGAUUCAUCAUGUUUCAUGCCACUGGAUUCUCAACAUUUGGACCCAGGUGCCAGGACCAUGGAUACUCCAUUUGUACAGAAUACUUUUGGUAGAUUUUCACUUGAAUUGGAGUUUGAAGCAAAACAAACUCCCUUCUAUCUCUCAUUUCUGCUGAAAUGUAUGUUUAAUAGUAAUUCAAGUGGCUCAGAGAUCAGGAACCAUAAGAAAGCAAAAUUUUCCGUCCCAAUUGGUUUUAGUUCAGGUUAUCCAGAUCCACUAGGUCUUUCCUUUUCAACUGAUGGUUCCAUGAAUUUUGCAUUUUUUUCAAGAAAUGCGGAAGGCAUGGUUCUAUGCUUUUAUGAUGACUCUACAACAGACAAACCUGCUUUAGAGCUUGAUCUAGAUCCACAUGUUAAUCGAUCAGGCGAUGUCUGGCACGCCUCACUGGAAGGCGCAUGGACAUUUUCAAGCUAUGGUUACCGAUGCAAGGGAGGUAUUCUUCAGGGAGAAACAGGUAAAGUUUAUGUAGAGCGUGUUCUUUUGGAUCCAUAUGCUAGAAUCAUUGUUAACUCCACAGCGAAUCAUGGAUCUGGUUUGUCACCAAAGUAUAUUGGACGAUUAUGUGAGGAACCUGCUUUUGAAUGGAGUGAUGAUGUUCAUCCAAACUUGGACAUGGAGAAACUAAUUGUUUAUCGAUUGAAUGUGAAGCGUUUUACUGAGCACAAGUCUAGUCAGCUAUCUAGUGAUAUCGCAGGCACCUUUGCUGGCUUGACUGAGAAGUUGAACCAUAUAAAAAAUCUUGGUGUAAAUGCAGUUUUAUUAGAGCCAAUAUUUCCAUUUGAUGAACAAAAGGGGCCAUUUUUUCCACGUCACUUCUUUUCACCAUCAAGCCUAUAUGGGCCUUCUGGUGGCUCUAUACCUGCUAUUAUCUCAAUGAAGGAGAUGGUGAAGCAAUUGCAUGCCAAUGGGAUCGAGGUUUUACUGGAAGUUGUUUUCACCCAUACUGCUGAGGGUGGAGCACUGCAAGGAAUUGAUGACUUCUCCUAUUAUUAUGCAAAUAGAGCUCUAGAGUUGGAAUCAAGAAAUGCUUUGAAUUGUAAUUAUCCUGUUGUUCAAAGAAUGAUUUUAGAUAGUCUUCGGCACUGGGUGACUGAGUUUCACAUUGAUGGUUUCUGUUUUAUAAAUGCUUCAUUUCUACAGAGAGGGUUUCAUGGUGAAAUUUUAUCUCGCCCUCCCUUGGUUGAAGCAAUUGCUUUUGAUCCACUACUCUCAAAGACCAAGAUCAUUGCAGACUGCUGGGACCCUGAAGACAUCACACCCAAGGAAACCUGCUUUCCUCAUUGGAAAAGAUGGGCAGAGAUGAAUGCAAAAUUUUGUUUUGAUGUAAGAAACUUUUUGAGAGGUGAAAGUCUUCUUAGUGACCUUGCAACAAGGCUUUGUGGGAGUGGAGACAUCUUUUCAAGUGGUCGAGGGCCUGCUUUUUCUUUUAAUUAUAUUGCCAGGAACUCUGGACUUACUCUAGUGGACUUGGUAAGCUUCAGUAGAGGUAAGCUAGCCUCAGAAUUAAGCUGGAAUUGUGGAGAAGAAGGACCUACAAACAAAAUUCCUGUCCUUGAAAGAAGACUUAAACAAAUUCGUAACUAUCUCUUUAUUCUUUAUGUUUCAUUAGGUGUACCUGUUCUUAAUAUGGGAGAUGAGUGUGGCCAAUCUUCAAAGGGUUCCAUUUCAUAUGGUGACAGAAAACCCUUUGAUUGGAAUGCUUUGUCAACAGGUUUUGGUAUUCAAAUGACACAGUUCAUCUCAUUCUUGAUUUCAUUAAGAAUGAGGCGAAGUGAUGUCCUCCAAAAGAGGAACUUCGUGAAGGAAGAAAAUAUUGAUUGGCAUGGAAGGGACCAGUCUCCUCCAAGAUGGGAAGAUUGGUCCUGCAAAUUCCUGGCCAUGACAUUGAAGAGUGAUAAAGCAGAGAGCAAGCUGAGCUCUGAAUCUUCCAACACAAAGGGUGAUCUAUUCAUGGCCUUCAAUGCAUAUGCCCAUUCAGAGAGUGUUAUUCUACCCCCAGUUCCCGAAGGAAUGACAUGGCGUCGGUUGGUUGAUACCGCUCUUCCAUUCCCAGGGUUCUUUUCCAAAGAUGGUGAACCAGUGGUCGAGCAGAUGGCAGGUUUAAUUGCUUACGAAAUGAAAUCUCACAGCUGCACUCUGUUUGAAGCCGCCAGCCUUGAUGGUUGAUACCUUCCCCCUUUGCUCAUUUUCUUUAAUUCCAACUUUGUAAUUAUAGGAUUGAGCCUUCUGUAGAAUAAUGCCAUUGUAAGAAAUUAAGGUGGCUGUCUUUCUAGAGGCGAUCGGUGCCUUGCACCUGGUAUAUAUUUACAAGUUUCUUUCAAUAAAAUGAUUACUUUCUUUUUUUU